AUCAACAACAACAUAGGCUAGCAAAAAAUCACUUUUAGUUGUUAAUUAUCUGAUGAUAAAAUCAGAAUGAACUGGCAGAAUUAGCUUCAAGGGAAUUCCAAUAAAAGCGCGAAGUGCUUUUGUUAAUGGUCAGUGCGUAAUGAAAAUUCAGCAACAAAAUGAUUACGAACCAGCUGGCUAUCAACGACAAAGUCAUGUUCAGCACCGGGAACAUCAUGUCCAUCAAUGACAUCACGAAGAAACCCAGUCAAAACUCGACUGAAGAGUUGAUUGAUGCCAUCAAAUACACGCUGAAGGAGUACACGAAAAAUGGGAGCGAUAAAGAGCAAACAGCCGAUGGCUAUAAACUCAUCUCAAGGGCCGACGAUGUCCAGGUCAAAAUCCAGGAAAAUGAGGUGGGAGACUUGAAGAUCGGCAUCAAAGUGUUCCUGACAAAAGGCGGUAAUCAGCCGCUGAAAGAGGCACUGGAAACAGCUUUGCAAAAGCAGCUCAACGUGAAGAACGUGGCCGAUGUGAUAGUGUCUUUGAAACGCAAUUCCCCGGACAACCUGGAUGAAAUCAAGGAAACCUGGAGGGCCAUGGAGGAUUACGUGGGCCGCCACGUGGUGGGCGAGCUGGGUAUAGCUGACAUUGAAGAGUCCACCUUCAGAAACCUCUAUGAAUGGGCGGCAGUCAAGCCCAGUAUCAUCCAGAUUAACUUGGCAACCUGUUGCGUGGUGCCCCCCACUUUGCAGGCCUUUUGCAAAGAGAAGGACAUCAAGUUGUUCACGCACAGCGAUUCAUCUGAUAUCCUGCCAGAUCAGUCAAUUGAGGAAAUAUUUGGCACGCCCCUGGAUCUGGAGUGGGCGAUCCGGUUCACCGUCCACAUCAAGUGCAGGGGCGUACUGACCACCAAGGGCUACUGUCUUUGUAUCAGUCCGAAGCAGGACUAAUUUCCACUGGAACAUUCGGAGAAAGUCGCGUCUCGAAUUGCAGUUCACCGACAAAGUAUUCAAACGAAUGUGGGCGGAAAAAUUGUUGUUUUUUAAGUUUAAAUUGAGUUUAUAUCAGAUAAUUGUAUACGAUAUUUAGUAGUAAUGUAAGGAAAAACUUACUAUCAAUGUUGCUUAUCUGUCGCAAUGCAUUCCUCUUGCCCAUGAUGAAUAAAAUUGUUUUGCACCUUUAAAA